AGUCUGCAUUGCGUUGUAACCCCAGAAAAUAUAUAUAAGAGCCGUUAUCUAUCUGGAUAAAAAUUAUUACAUGUUGUGCUUUCUCAGUUAAAGAGUAAAUAAUAUAGCCUCUACAAGAAAUUCAGAAUUAAAUAUGAAUUAUCUGUUGGCAUUUGCAAUCAUUUCAGUCGUCUUGGCAAAUCCAAUCGACCGACUAGAUUUUAUGAAAGAUAAGCUGACAAAAGAACUCGAUAAAACAUCAAACGUCAGUAAUUAUAUGGUGGUACCCGAUACCCGACAGAUGACAGUGAAGCCAGUAACCACGACAACAAAAAAAGCUAUAGAUAAUAAAAAUACUGUUAAAACAACAACUAAGAAACCAUCAACGACAAUGAAAACCACUUCAAAAACAACUACUAAGCCGAAGUUAUCCAUAACAACACCAAAAACUUCAAAAACAACAACAAAACCAAAAAUAGAGGCCUCAACACAAAAACAAUUUACAACAACAGGAAAAUUAACAACAACAAACAGAAAAACUACUUCAAAAACUACAAACGCAAAAUCGACAAUUAUUACGUCUAGUACUAUUAAGCUAGCUGCCACAACAGCAAAAACAACAACCACUAAAUCAUUGGCGACAACAACAUCCAAGUCCACAACAAAAGCAAAACCAACAACUAAAUUAGCCACAACAUUGAAGCCUUUGUCAACAAAAGUAACUACAACAGCCAAAUCCACAACAGCAGUGAGAUCAACGUUCACAACCAAACCAAUCACAACAAAAUUAACGACAACCAAAAAGCCUUUAACAACUACAACUAAACCAACAACGUCAACAAAAGCUUCCACCACAACCAAAUUAACGAAAACGACAGCUACAACUAAAUCAAAGUCUACGACAAAACCGUCGACCACAGCAAUUAAAUUGACAACCACAAAGCCUACAACAACUACAACAAAACCAACUUCAACCAAACCAGAAACCACAACUAAAUUAACACCAACUACGAAGCCUUUAACAACUACAACUAAAUCUACGUCAUCAACCAAACCGUCGGCCACAAGUAAAUUAACUACAACAAUAAAGCCGACAACCACUACUAGACCAAAAUCAACCAAACCACCAACUACAUCUAAACCUACAUCAUCAACGAAAACAAGGACCACAACUAAAUUAACGACAACCUCAAAGCCUUUAACAACUACAACUAAACCAAAAACAACCAAGCAAUCAACCACAAGUAAAUUAACGACAACAACAAAGCCUUCAACAACUACAACUAAACCAAAGACAACCAAACCAUUAACCACAACUAAAUUUACGACACCCACAAAGCCUUCAACAACUACAACUAAACCAAAAACAACCAAGCCAUCAACCACAAAUAAAUUGACGUCAACCACGAAGCCUUCAACGACUACAACUAAACCAAAAACAACCAAACCAUCAACCACAACUAAAUUGACGACACCAACAAAGACUUCAACAACAAAGACUUCAACAACUACAACUAAACCAAAAACAACCAAACCAUCAACCACAACUAAAGAUACGACAACCACAAAGCCUUCAACAACUACAACUAAACCAAAAACAACCAAACAAUCAACCACAAAUACAUUGACGUCAACCACAAAGCCUUCAACGACUACAACUAAACCAAAAACAACCAAACCAUCAACCACAACUAAAUUGACGACAACAACAAAGACUUCAACGACUACAACUAAACCAAAAACAACCAAACCACCAACCACAACUACUGAACAGCCAACAUCCACAACAGCUAAGCCUACAACAACUAGGGAGGAUCCGACGACAACAACUAAUGAAAAGCCAACAUCCACAACAGCUAAGCCAACCACCACUACAGCUGAGACCACUACCACUACUGAACAGCUAACAUCCACAACAGUUAAGUCCACUAUAACUACGGAAAAACCGACGACAACAACUACUGAACAGCCAACAUCAACAACAGCUAAGCCAACAACCACUACAGCUAAGCCCACAACAACUACUGAACAGCCAACAUCCACAACAGCUAAGCCCACUACAACUACGGAACAAUUGACGACAACAACUACUGAACAGCAAACAUCAAUAACAACUAAGCCAACAACCACUACAGCUGAGACCACUACCACUACUGAACAGCCAACAUCCACAACACCUAAGCCCACUAAAACUACGGAAGAACCAAAGACAACAACUGCUGAACAGCAAACAUCCACAACAGCUAAGCCAGCCACCACUACAGCAGAGACCACUACAACUACUGAACAGCCAACAUCCCCAGCAGCUAAGCCAAUAACCACUACAGUUGAACCCACUACAACUACUGAAAAGCCAACAUCCACAACAACUAAGCCCACUACAACUACGGAAGAACCAACGACAACAACUACUGAACAGCCAACAUCCACAACAGCUAAGCCCACUACAACUACGGAAGAGCUCACUACAACAACCACUGAACAGACAACGACUGUUACAGAGUCAAGAACAACAGCAGCUGAACCAACAACUACCACGGCUAAACCCACGACAACAGCUGUUGAGACAACCACUACUGCAGAGAAAACGACUACUUCUGCUGAAAGAGCCGACGACCACAACUACUGUACAGCAGAGCCAACGACCACAACAGCUGAGCCCACUACAACUACAGAAGAGCCCACGACCACAACUACUGUACAGGCAAAAACCACACCAGCUGAGCCCACUACAACAACCACUGAACAGACAACGACUGUUAUUGAGUCAACAACUACAACAGCUGAACCAACAACUACAACGGCUGAACCAACGACAACAGCUGUUGAGACAACCACUACUGCAGAACAAACGACAACUUCUGCUGAGCCAACUUCAACAACAGAAGAGCCCACGACAACAACUACUGAACAGCCAACAACCACAACAGCUGAGCCCACUACAACAGCUGUUGAAACUACUACUGCAGAGCCAACGACCACAACAGCUGAGCCCACUACAACUACAGAAGAGCCCACGACCACAACUACUGAAAAACCAACAUCCACAACAGCUGAGUCAACAACUACAACAGCUGAGCCCACUACAACAACCACUGAACAGAAAACGACUCAAACGACAACUUCUGCUGCGCCAACUUCAACAACAGAAGAGCCCACGACAACAACUACUGAACAGCCAACAACCACAACAGCUGAGCCCACUACAACAGCUGUUGAAACUACUACUGCAGAGCCAACGACCACAACAGCUGAGCCCACUACAACUACAGAAGAGCCAACGACCACAACUACUGAACAGCCAACAUCCACAACAGCUGAUUCAACAACUACAACAGCUGAGCCCACUACAACAACCACUGAACAGACAACGACUGUUACUGAGUCAACUACUACAACACCUGAACCAACAACUACAACGGCUGAACCAACGACAACAGCUGUUGAGACAACCACUACUGCAGAGCAAACGACAACUUCUGCUGAGCCAACUUCAACAACAGAAGAGCCCACGACAACAACUACUGAACAGCCAACAACCACAACAGCUGCGUCCACUACAACUACUGCAGAGCCAACGACCACAACAGCUGAGCCCACUACAACUACAGAAGAGCCCACGACCACAACUACUGAAAAGCCAACAUCCACAACAGCUGAUUCAACAACUACAACAGCUGAGCCCACUACAACAACCACUGAACAGACAACGACUGUUACUGAGUCAACAACUACAACAGCUGAACCAACAACUACAACGGCUGAACAAACGACAAGAGCUAUUGAGACAACCACUACUGCAGAGAAAACGAAUACUUCCACUGAGCCAACUUCAACAACAGAAGAGCCCACGACAACAACUACUGAACAGCCAACAACCACAAGAGCUGAGCCCACUACAACAGCUGUUGAAACUACUACUGCAGAGCCAACGACCACAACAGCUGAGCCCACUACAACUACAGAAGAGCCCACGACAACAACUACUGUACAGGCAACAACCACACUAGCUGAGCCCACUACAACAACCACUGAACAGACAACGACUGUUACUGAUUCAACAACUACGACAGCUGAACCAACAACUACAACGGCUGAACCCACGACAACAGCUCUUGAGACAACCACUACUGCAGAGCAAACGACAACUUCUGCUGCGCCAACUUCAACAACAGAAGAGCCCACGACAACAACUACUGAACAGCCAACAACCACAACAGCUGAGCCCACUACAACAGCUGUUGAAACUACUACUGCAGAGCCAACGACCACAACAGCUGAGCCCACUACAACUACAGAAGAGCCAACGACCACAACUACUGAAAAGCCAACAUCCACAACAGCUGAUUCAACAACUACAACAGCUGAGCCCACUACAACAACCACUGAACAGACAACGACUGUUACUGAUUCAACAACUACAACAGCUGAACCAACAACUACCACGGCUGAACCCACGACAACAGCUGUUGAGACAACCACUACUGCAGAGCAAACGACAACUUCUGCUGAGCCAACUUCAACAACAGAAGAGCCCACGACAACAACUACUGAACAGCCAACAACCACAACAGCUGAGCCCACUACAACAGCUGUUGAAACUACUACUGCAGAGCCAACAACCACAACAGCUGAGCCCACUACAACUACAGAAGAGCCAACGACCACAACUACUGAAAAGCCAACAUCCACAACAGCUGAUUCAACAACUACAACAGCUGAGCCCACUACAACAACCACUGAACAGAAAACAACAACCACUGAACAGACAACGAAUGUUACUGAGUCAACAACUACAACAGCUGAACCAACAACUACAACGGCUGAACCAACGACAAGAGCUGUUGAGACAACCACUACUGCAGAGAAAACGAAUACUUCCACUGAGCCAACUUCAACAACAGAAGAGCCCACGAAAACAACUACUGAACAGCCAACAACCACAAGAGCUGAGCCCACUACA